AGUGUCUCCUCCAAACGUCGGAGCUCGCCCUUCCUGCGACUGACUCAACACUUGACUCACUCAGCGUCCGUGUGCGACACUGACUCACGCUGCUGGCCGGUGCUGAGAUGUUUGUCGCGCUGGGUACCGCGCGUCUCUGUCACAGUCAGUAUCACUAUCAGUUUGUAUCUCUGGGUGAUGGUUUGGCCUGGAGACCAAUACUACUUAUAUUAGGCAGUGGUGCAAGCAUAGAUUAUAGUUACUCUAUUUAUAGUUUUUUGUUUAUCUACUCUUGGCGGUGCUCAUCAGACACAAUCAGUCAAUCUUCCUCAGCCUACUACUGGUGCUCAAGCUCAACUGAUGAGGGAUGAAUUCCCCCAAAACACUGUGUAUUGAGCGGGGAGUGGUGCUUUUUUGAAGGCUUGCGGAGUGGAAGGCCAAGGGUUCGAAGGGCUUCUCGUGUUCUCCAGACGCAGUCGUGAGUCAGUCAAGUGUCAAGUCAGUCGGUAGGAAGCGCGAGCUCCGACGUUUGGAGCAGACACUUUACCGCCGAUGUCGCAACAACAUCGUAGCUCGUAGUAUUGUUUUUUCAGUGAACUGUCGGAUCCGCGCGCCCAACGUUACGUUGCAACAAGUGCGGGUGCAUGCUGUUGUCAAAAGUGCGCUGGAUUGUGUGCUGUCGUUGGCCUCCUACGUACUGUAGCAGUGUAGGUAUCUAUGGACUAUGGCCCAUAACGGCAAUAGUAUGGCCUUUCUAGUGUGUGUAGUGUGUGUAGUGACCGCCGGUCGAGUUCAGGUGAGCGAAUACCAUGAAUGCGAGAGGAAGACUUGAACGCCCUAGUUGUUCAAGUUUGGCAACAGCGGAUCCAGUGUCGUCUCCACGCAGCGUGUAGACGGUAGCUCUUUUCCAGCGUCAGGCAGGACAGGAUCAACAACAUUGUGCCCGCCUCAGCCGCAACACGCCCCAGCACAAGUUGCAAUAGCUCCAGGGACCGACCGCUGCGUGGAUAUCCAAGUGCGUUGGAUGCUAGGUGCGACCGUACCGAAGCGCUUGCAAGUGUCAGUGGAUCGUUUUCUGGCCCUCCGCCCCUCAAUCGCUCCGUCAGUAUGUCUGCAGGUGCCUCAGCAGUUCCACCAUCUGCUGCCGCGGCAACAAAUGGGGAUACUGCACCCGCAGUGGCACUGCCAGAAUGUGAGGUCGAGGAGAAGGCCAACGCUUGCACUGAAGAAUUCUUGAGUAGUUUCUACGAUGGCGAGAUUCCGCAUUGUGUCCCGGAACCUCCCUCCUCCAGAUACCUUCCAACAAUUGUCGCUAGGAUGAUAAUAUCGGAGUUGAAGCAGGACGAGCAUUGCAAAGGAAUUGAUCUACUCGCUGAGCUGGCCCGGAUUGGCACGGCCAGUCUGGAGUACAUAGUAGCUGGACUGGAUCUGGUUCUGGAGGAGACACCAGACUUAGAGUCCGAUAUUCCGCAUAUCUAUGAUCUACUGGCGAGUGUAAUUGGCGCAAUAGUUUUCACCUGCAAUUUAAGAAUUCCUACACUGUCAGUGCUGGCCUUCAAGCAUCUUCGAGAUGCCGGGCAGGCAGACAUCUUCAUGGUGAAAGUGUAUAAGGCUAUUGCCGAGAAAAAGGUUCUAAGGCCCUCAGCGAAGCCACAGAUGCCUCACCAGCCAACCGGCGCUCAGAGUGCAAUGCCUGCGGAUUACUACCCAGGCUUUCCUGCGUACGUGGCACCAAGCAAUUAUGCCUUCAGCUGGGGCGUGGCUGUCGCAGCCCCUACAGUUGCUUGCCUGUCAGGCGUGAAACCGAUGCGCACCAGUGGAGCCAGAUCCGAAACGGAUCCACCCGCCACCGGUAUGAGGCGUAGCAGUAGCAGCAGCAGCAGCGAUGCUCCUACAGCCAAGGCUACAGUGAUCGUUUCACCGGCUGCGGCCACGCUGAUAUUGGGUAGCGCCUACGGACCGCCGCACAUUCUUGGAGCUACGCCGGCGGGGUAUGUCCAGUUCCCUGGCACUUCACCACAGUAUGGUGUUGUGCCGCAAAUCCACCCAACCCAGCACGCGAUGCCUGCUACACUGCUGCCUGGCCAGCAGCCACCAACACACUAUUCACAGCAACACCAGCUGCAAUAUAUGACACGGCAGCAGCCAGCUGCCGUCGCCACUGCUGGUAUUCCAACCCCGCAGGCCAGUGGUGUCGCGCAUCAUCACCAGCAGCAGCCGCCGUUGCCUCACCACCAGCAGCAAGCAGCGUGGCAGCAGCAGCAGCUGCAACAUCAGCAUCAGUCACAGGGUGCCACUGCCACUGGUCAUCUUUGGCCAUCACCACCUCAGCAGCUGCAACAUCAGCAUCAGCCACAGGGUGCCACUGGUCAUUGUCAGCCAUCACCACCUCAGCAGCACCAACAGCACCACCAGCAGCAGCAGCAGCAAAAGACACCGCAGCCGCCGUCUUCCGGUGAGUCCAGCGCACAGCCGACGCCUGGACGCUCUACUGUCCAACACCGUCGUCUGAGUCAUGCGGUCACCUUGAAAAACCCGAACACUGGCAAGGACCUCACAGAUGAACACAUUCUUGGAGCUACGCCGCCGGGGUAUGUCCAGUUCCCUGGCACUUCACCACAGUAUGGUGUUGUGCCGCAAAUCCACCCAACCCAGCACGCGAUGCCUGCUACACUGCUGCCUGGCCAGCAGCCACCAACACACUAUUCACAGCUACACCAGCUGCAAUAUAUGACACAGCAGCAGCCAGCUGCCGUCGCCACUGCUGGUAUUCCAACCCCGCAGGCCAGUGGUGUCGCGCAUCAUCACCAGCAGCAGCCACCGUUGCCUCACCACCAGCAGCAAGCAGCGUGGCAGCAGCAGGCAGCACUCCAGCAGCAGCUGCAACAUCAGCAUCAGUCACAGGGUGCCACUGCCACUGGUCAUCUUUGUCCAUCACCACCUCAGCAGCUGCAACAUCAGCAUCAGCCACAGGGUGCCACUGGUCAUUGUCAGCCAUCACCACCUCAGCAGCACCAACAGCACCACCAGCAGCAGCAGCAGCAAAAGACACCGCAGCCGCCGUCUUCCGGUGAGUCCAGCGCACAGCCGACGCCUGGACGCUCUACUGUCCAACACCGUCGUCUGAGUCAUGCGGUCACCUUGAAAAACCCGAACACUGGCAAGGACCUCACAGAUGAAAUCGUUUCACCGGCUGCGGCCACGCUGAUAUUGGGUAGCGCCUACGGACCGCCGCACAUUCUUGGAGCUACGCCGCCGGGGUAUGUCCAGUUCCCUGGCACUUCACCACAGUAUGGUGAUGUGCCGCAAAUCCACCCAACCCAGCACGCGAUGCCUGCUACACUGCUGCCUGGCCAGCAGCCACCAACACACUAUUCACAGCAACACCAGCUGCAAUAUAUGACACGGCAGCAGCCAGCUGCCGUCGCCACUGCUGGUAUUCCAACCCCGCAGGCCAGUGGUGUCGCGCAUCAUCACCAGCAGCAGCCGCCGUUGCCUCACCACCAGCAGCAAGCAGCGUGGCAGCAGCAGGCAGCACUCCAGCAGCAGCUGCAACAUCAGCAUCAGUCACAGGGUGCCACUGCCACUGGUCAUCUUUGUCCAUCACCACCUCAGCAGCUGCAACAUCAGCAUCAGCCACAGGGUGCCACUGGUCAUUGUCAGCCAUCACCACCUCAGCAGCACCAACAGCACCACCAGCAGCAGCAGCAGCAAAAGACACCGCAGCCGCCGUAUUCCGGUGAGUCCAGCGCACAGCCGACGCCUGGACGCUCUACUGUCCAACACCGUCGUCUGAGUCAUGCGGUCACCUUGAAAAACCCGAACACUGGCAAGGACCUCACAGAUGAAGCUCAAAGGCCCUCAACGAAGCCACAGGUGCCUCACCAGCCUACCGGCGCUCAGAGUGCAAUGCCUGCGAAUUUCCACCAAGGCUUUACUGUGCACAUGGCACCAGGCAAUGCCGUCAGCGGUGGCAUCGCUGUCACUGCAGCCGCUGCAGUUGCUUCCACGUCAGACGCGAAACCGAUGCGCACCAGUGGAGCCAGAUCCAAAACGGAUCCACCCGCCACCGGUAUGAGGCGUAGCAGUAGCAGCAGCAGCAAUGCUCCUGCAGCCAAGGCUACAGUGGUAUGGACCUCUGAAUCCGCUGAGGGCUCUGCCGCCAAGUCCAUCACAGCGGCAUCUGUGGUGUCGGACAAGCCAUCCACAGAGGCAUCGGCUGGAAAGUCGGCCGAGGUUUCAGCUGCAAAGCCUGCAGAGGUGUCGACUGCAAAGUCUGCCGAGGCGUCGGCUGCGAAGUCUGCUGAGGCGCCAGCUGCGAAGUCUGCUGAGAAGCCUACCGGUAAUGAGUGGGUUGCGAAAUCUGCAGAGGUACCGAUUGCAAAGUCUGCUGAGGCGCCGGCUGGGAAGUCCACUGAGGCGCCAGCUGUAACAUCUGCUGAGGCGCCGGCCUCGAAGUCUGCCGAGGCACCAGCUGAGAAGUCCACUGAGACACUGGCUGUAAAGUCUGCUGGGGUGGCAAAUGCGAAGCCUUCUUAUGCGUCGGUUGUGUAUGAUGCUGUGGUACCGGCUGUGAAGUCUGCCAAGGCGCCGGCUUCAAAGCCUAGCAAGGCGCCGGCUUCAAAGCCUAGCAAGGCGCCGGCUUCAAAGCCUAGCAAGGCGCCGGCUUCAAAGCCUAGCAAGGCGCCGAUUGCGAAGUCGGCCGAGGUGUCAAAGUCAAAGUCUGACGAAGCAAUGGGUGCCAAGACUAGGGAGCGUCGUGCCACAACACAGACUACGUCCACUGAUCCUCGCCAAAUGUCCAGUCCAAUCGGUGGCGCUGCACUGUAUGCCCGUGGGGCACCUCGUGCAGUUGUGGCAGGCAAGAAAAACAUGCAAUCGGAUGUGAAGCCUGGUUUUCUACCACGGACUACUGUCUUUCUGAAGGAUUGUUCUCCGGCCACUGCCUGUGCCACAAUGUCGGACGCUGCCACGCAUGAGGAGAGGAGUACACAGCAGUCACCGGACCAAUCCCCGGCUGGCUCUCCGCCUGGUUCUCCGGCUGAUUCCCCGGAGCCGAUGGUUAGAGUGUCCAAGGGCAAAAGUGCCAAGAGCUUCCGCCACCGGGAACUUCCUGAUUCUGACCCGUUGACUGGCUAUAAGGACAAGCCAGCCCGAGAGGAGGCUAAGCCAGAGAGUAAGAAGGGUGCCAAGAAGACCAAGCAACAGCAAAAGCCAGCUCCAGAGCAACAGCAAACUGAGCCAGCUCCAGAGCCGACAUGGGAUGAGAAGGAUGAUCGUGAGCUGGUCGCUGACCUCCCAACGUCUUUGCUUGGCAAUGUGGCCGGCCCUGAACCAGUCCAAUCAGAUUCGAAAACUGCAAAGCCUGGAACGCCAUCCGACGAAAAAAAGAUCUUGAAGACCGUCGUCCCGGGCAUCCGUUAUCCAGAUGAAGACAUGUGGCGUCCUGAUAAUCCCGAGGGUAGGAAGUCCUACGACGGGAUCUAUUUAAGGCAAUUUUCUGGUUACGCCGACCUGCCUGCUAACUUGCCAGUGGAGGUUGAGAUUAGUCGGCGUCUUUCAUUUGCUGCAGCUUCUGCAGUUUCUCUGCAGUCUCCGAAUCCCAAAUCCCAUCAAGAUCAGAGUGGAGAAUCAUCCGUUCCCCCGCCUCCGUCGCAAGGUGGCCGAGGCUCGUCUGGUGGCCGGCAAGGCCGGACCAGCCGAAGCAGCGUCUCGUCACAGUCUUCGCGCAAAACGGUCACACUCCAGAUGGACACGACAGCAGCGGCUAAGCUAGAGAGUAAGAAGGGUGCCAAGAAGGCCAAGCAACAGCAAAAGCCAGCUCCAGAGCAACAGCAAACUGGCGCAGCUCCAGAGCCGACAUGGGAUGAGAAGGAUGAUCGUGAGCUGGUCGCUGACCUCCCAACGUCUUUGCCUGGCAAUGUGGCCGGCCCUGAACCAGUCCAAUCAGAUUCGAAAACUGCAAAGCCUGGAACGCCAUCCGACGAAGAAAAGAUCUUGAAGACCGUCGUCCCGGGUAUCCGUUGUCCGGAUGAAGACAUGUGGCGUCCUGAUAAUCCCGAGGGUAGGGAGUCCUACAACAGGAGCUUUGUAAGGCAAAUUUCUGGCCGUGUCGACCUGCCUGGUAACUUGCCACGGGGGGUUGAGAAUAUUCAGCGUGGCGGGGCGGCUCACGGGGAAGAUAAGCCGAAGAAACUGAAUGAAGUUCAUCAGGAGGCCAAGGCAGCGGAGAAUGCGGGUGCGGCAGCAGCUGCCAUGCCACGCUCCAGCUCCUCGCAUUCUGAGAGGAAUUCUUCGCAUGGAGGAAGUCGCAGCCACUCAGGCCGUAACACCAACGCUGAGGGCGAUGGCUGGCAGACAGCGCUACCACGCCAGCGCUCUGAGCCUGAUAGGCUAAGGGGCACCAGUCAAUGUGCGGCACUCUCGCAUCGCACAGAUGACACAAUGAGCUUGGGCCCGAGUGGUCUCUCUUUCGGGGGACAGGGUAGCAUGGGCGGCACCUCUGGCAGUGCUCCUCUUGAUGUGGAGCGGGGCAACCGUUAUGCAAGCUUGGCAGCAGCUGAUCCAGUUCGCUCUCCAGAGCAGCGUGUAAACGAUAGCUCCACUGCAUCAUCACGCAGGACAGGAUCAACAUCCUUGUCGCACGGCUCAGCCGCGCCACACCCCAGCGCAAACCGCACUAGCUGCACGGACCAAGUUGUGCGCGGAGGUCCGCCGCCACCAGGUUCUCCUCGUGACGUUCGCAAAGAGAUUCCAGAUCUCGAUCGCUCUCUCAGUAUGCCUGGAGGUGCCUUAGCAGUUUCACAACCUGCUGCCGCAGCAAUGAAUAGUGAUACUGCACCCGCAGUGGCAGAGGUCGAGAAGAAGGCGCGCGCUCUCACUGAAGUGAAUGUGCCCGACGCUGGCGAGCCGUUGCAGAAAAGCUCUAAUCGUUGGAAGCCAACCUGCGAGAAAAAGACGGAGGGUUCCAGCGAUGCCGAGACGCAAGCGGUACUUAGCCGAAUGAUGACGAUCCUUAACGAAUUGACACCGGAGAAGUUCGAGAAGCUCGCCAUGGCGUUUGAUGAGUUGGAAAUAAACUCUGAAGAGAGGUUGCGCGGUGUGGUAGAGCUCAUCUGCAAGAAGUCAUUAUCGGAGCCAACUUAUUGUGAACUCUACGCUCGCAUUUGCUUGCGUAUAGCGGAUUUAGAAGUGCCAGCCAUUGCUGGCGGCGAGGCACUAUCGCUCCGCAAGGUACUGUUGACGAAAUGCCAAAAAGAGUUUUACUCAAGGGACUCGGCCUUCGCAGACCUCGAGAAAAAGCAUCUCAGCGAUGCGGACAAGCUCUCGAGUGAAGACCUGAAACAGAAGACUGCGGAGUACGAAAGUGAGGUCAGCGUACUCAAGAAGAACUCACUCGGCAACAUUAAAUUCAUUGGGCAGCUGUUCAUGCUGAGGUUCUUGACUAAGACCGUUAUCUACUGGUGCUUGAGGAAGCUGCUGGCGGCUGGAGACGAACACUCUCUGGAACUGAUGUGCGAGUUGUUUGAGACCACAGGAGGUGGGAUCGACCGCAAAAAUGCCAAAACUCGCAUUCCUGAAUACGUCCACAAGAUUGGACGAAUUAUCAAGAAGAAACCUGGAAUAAAGGGCGUGUCCACGAGGACACGAAUCUUGCUCGAGGAGCUGGUCUCAAAAUUGAAGCGUCUCAGGGCGUAUUGCAGGGAAGAUAACAAGCCGCCACCAGGUCCUCGUGACGUUCGCAAAGAUAUUCCAGAUAUCGAUCGGUCUCUCAGUAUGCCUGGAGGUGCCUUAGCAGUUUCACAAGCUGCUGCCGCAGCAAUGAAUAGUGAUACUGCACCUGCAGUGGCAGAGGUCGAGAAGAAGGCGCGAGUUCUCACUGAAGAUUUCUUUAGCAAUCCCGACGCUGGCGAGGUUCGGCUUUGUGUAGCAGACAUCAAUUCGCCCAUAAGUCACCCAGCCAUUGUCUCUACGAUGAUCACCUGUGCAUUGGAGAUGAAGGACAAACAGUGCAAGCUAGUUGCCGAUCUAUUCACUGAACUGGUCCCUGACGGCACGAUCAAGCUGGAGUGCAUAGUGGCUGGACUGUAUCGAGUUCUGGAGGAGACACCAGACUUGGCGUUAGAUAUUCCGCAUAUCUAUGAUCUACUGGUGAUUGUCAUUGUUCCGCUCGUUUUCAACUGCAAGUUAAAAAUUUUCACACUAUCAGAGCUAGUCGUCAAGCAUCUCCGAGAUGUCGGGAAAGCAGCCGUCUUCAUGGUGAAAGUGUUGAAGGCUAUUGCCGAGAAAAAGGGAGAGUUUGUCGCCCGUCAAUUGUGUGGAACAGCCUAUCUCAAGUGGAGCUCACUAUUGCAAGAUGGACAGAAUGUUGAUCAGUUCCUUGCUGACCAAGGUGUGCAGUUUCUGGACUGCCCGUCCCUUCCAGAUUUCCAGGAAGACAGUUAUAACCGACCUCGCGGACGUGAUGUCAAGGAUUGGAUUGACCGCACCUACCAGGAUACAACCACUGCUUCCUUUGCUGAAGAUUGUGCAUCCAGAAUUGCCUGUGCUUUCAUUGACCCAACCACUCGAGAGUUUGCGAAUGCCAAAUGUGAAACCUUGCUCAUACUCGGCAUUUCCAGAUACUUUGAGCAUGACCCCGAUCUCCGGUACGCUGUCAUCCUGGGCCUGGAGAAAGUCGCUGCUCAGUACGAUCACCAUCCCGGUAUGCUCCAGUCCUUAUUUGAUGCGUUUUACUCUGGAGAUGCAUCCGAUGCGAAAGCAUUCUUCAAGUGGGAGGCGAUGGCAACACCCACUGGAGACGAUUGCCUCCACGGUGUAGCGCUCAACUCUGUCAAGCAAUUCUUGGCGUUCUUGCACUCUGCGUACCCUGACCAUUAGGGUUUAGAUCACUAGCAGUCAGUCAACCAAGAGCUUCCGCAACUCCUCGCCAUCGUCUAUGUGUUCCUGCCAUAGGUUGUGCAGCUCAUCCGCUGCCAGCAUCUCCAGUAACUGUCAAGCUGAUAUCUGUUUUCAUGCUCAGUCCCGAUUUCUUCAUUUCCUGAAACAAUAUGCGAGCCACCCGUCGUUCAUACUUCA